AUGCACAGAACAAUCCCCACAACAAAGAACUGUCCAGUCCAAAAUGUCAAUAGUGCCAAGAUUGAGAAACCCUUCCCUAGCCUAGAAUCAAAUUUGAAAGUUUAUCAUUUAAAAUAUAGUAUUUGCCUCUUUCUUCCAUCUUUCCAUGCUGCCAUAAUGGUGUGCAUGAAUGUGCUGGGUGAUACUCUCAAAAGUAUCAGCAAUGCUGAAAAGAGAGGCAAAUACCAGGUGCUUAUAAGGCUGUGCUCCAAAGUCAUCAUCAGGUUUCUAAUUGUGAGGAUGAAGCAUGGUUACAUUGGCGAAUUUUAA